GCUGCGGCAGCGUUUGCACGUGUUCUCACCUGGCUGAGGACCCAAUCGACGCGGCUGCUAUCAGGACCCCGAGUUCCCACUCCGGUGGUGAGCCGGUUUACCAAACUGCAACUUGAACUGCGUGCGAGACUGACAAAAACGACGCGAAAUUACGCCGCGGAACGGGAAUUUUUUGAGUCCUUGAUUGCAUUGCAGUCGGAUUCGGAGGACUGGUGGAAAAAAUUCAGCGAAGAAAUUGCCAAUGGCAGAGCAGAAGUGGAGGCUGCCUUCCGAUCAAUUCGGAAGGUUCUUCUUCAGUUAGAUUCCUCUACGAAAAGAGCGGAGAAGGAGCUGUCUACCCUGAUUUCUACUGCUGAGGUGAGAAUUUUGUAUGUUAUCUUUGAGGUUGUAAAGUUACCGGACCAAAGCUAG